AUGAAACAAUUCUUAGCCUCCCAAAGAGAAAAGAAGGAACAAGAACGAAAAGUACAACAACAAGCUCGGCAAGAAUGGAUGCAAAAACAAGCAGGCAACGUUCAUAGUUCCGAGCCAUCAUCAUCUUUGAAAAAUUCUUCAGUUCAUAAGAGCAACAGUGUUGCUACUCCUUCUCAACCACAAUCCAAUGCUCUCAUCUACUCGGGAGCCAAGUCCUUCCGAAUGAGAAUUAUUCUCUCUACUAUUUCAAAUAGGCCUGUACAAAUCAGAAACAUCAGACCACAACGUGGUGGAAUUCGAGAGUUUGAGCGUAAUUUCCUUCUUUUAAUUGAUAAAAUUACCAAAGGUUCUAAAAUUGAAAUUAGUGAAGAUGGGGAAACAGUAACUUAUAAACCUGGAGUAAUUGUUGGCAGUGGAAUUGGUUCUCUUGUGUUUGAUUGUGGAUUAGAAAGAGGUAUUGCAUAUUAUUUAGAAGCUUUAAUUUGUUUAUGCCCCUUUGGAAAGAAUGCAAGUGACAUUUUGUUAAAAGGAAUUACAAAUCAUCCUUUAGAUCCAUCUGUUGACAUGUACCGUAAUUGUACUCUUCAUUUAUUUGAACAUUUCACAAAGAAACAUGCUCAAACUGUUCCGCCACAAAGUUUGCAAAUACUUAAACGAGGUGCUCCUCCAUUGGGUGGCGGUGAAGUUCGAUUUGAAUGUCCAAUUGUUAAAGAAAUGUUAAAUCCAAUUCAAAUUCUCGACGAAGGAAUGAUCAAAAGAGUGAGAGGUAUUGCAUAUAGUACAAGGGUUGCUCCAAAUAUUAGCAAUCGUUUGGUUGAUGGUGCCAAGUCCAUGUUAAAUUUAUAUUUACCAGACAUUUGGAUUCACACAGAUCACUAUAGUGGGAAAACAAGUGGUUCUUCACCUGGUUGGUCAAUUUAUUUGCAAGCAGAAACAGAUACUGGAUGUCGGUUGUGUACCGAAUACAUUCCAGAUCAAUCCCAUGAAAUUAUUCCAAAUAGCGUUGAUUUAAAUGGAGAUAAGGAAUGGAUGAAAAUACCAGAAGAUGUUGGUAAACAUGCUGCCAAGUUAUUAUUUGAAGAAAUUCAUAAGGGUGGUUGUGUGGAUUCCAUUAAUCAAUUUUUUAUAUUUUAUUUAAUGUCACUCACCAGCGAGGAUGUUUCAAAGAUUCGAAUUGGAAAAUUGAAUCCAUAUGCCAUUGCCUAUUUACGACACAUUAGAGAUUUUCUUGGAGUUGUUUUCAAAAUCUCUCCAGAACAUGACUCUCGAACUGUGGUGUUGAGUUGUGUUGGAAGUGGAUACAAGAAUAUUGCAAGAAAGAGUAAUUAA